AUGCACGAAUAAUACGAAUUGUAUUAUACUACAUAUAAUCAAGAAAGAGACAGAAUUAGAGUUACAUUAUAUUAAUAUCUUAGAAAUUCUAUACUAGUCUAAAAUCAGAUGAAUCUAAUCGAUUGUUAAAGAGUUAAUCUCUUAACGAAUCUUUGAAGAAAGCUGAAGGAUUUAAAAAUGAUAAGAAAAUAUAAAUUAAAUAAAAAGCUCACAAAUUUAACAUUAAAGCCAAAAUUAUACAAAGAAAAAAUAAUCAAAUGUAAGAACAUCAAUUUCUAGGAAUUAUUAAAUAAAAAAAUGAGUUAGUCAAAAAAGAAAUUGAGCUGUAAGAUAUAAUCUUUAUAUAGAGAACACCGUCUUAAUAUAUUAAAUGAAGAAUAAACUGAAUAAAUCAGAUAAAAUCAAAUCUAUAAAUCUAUGAAACAUAAAAUCUAUUUAGAAAGAGUAGAACAACAUUAAUUAGUAAUCUAUCCACUUUAUUUUAGAAAAUAGAAUAAGAACAUUAAAAUUUAUUAGAAUAAAUGAAUAACAAAUUCUAAAAAGUUGAAUAAUAUAUUCAAAUCACUCGAGAAUCAUAAAAAUAAAAAUUUAGAAGUCUUAGUUAUAAAUAUCUUACUUAUAAAUAAAAAGCAGAGAAUCUUAUACAUGAAAAAACUGAAAAUACUUUUUAAGAAGCACUAGACAAUAUGUCUAAAAGAGAAUAAGUUUAUGUAAAUAUUUAAUUUUAUAAAAGGAAAAAUAUCUCGAGACGAAAGAAAAGGAAAGAAAAAAAAUUGUGAAGAGAAAUAAAAUUGAACUAGUUAAAUUUAAACGCAACAAAAAUAAAUAAGAUUCUAUUUAAAAAUCAUAGAAAAAAAUUUAAGAUGAAGAAAGAUAAAAAAGAAUACACAAUAAAUCUACAUCUCUACCCAAAAUUAUUAUCACUGAACAUGAUGAUUAGGGAAAUAAUGAUGUAGAAGUCGAAGUUUAUGAAGUACCUUAUUCAGAAGAACAAACUCAGACAUUUGAGGAGAAAAUAAUUAAUUCAAAAAGGAAUUUAAAAGAAGAAUAAUCGAUGUGUACCAAUAUUAACGAAUCAUCCAUGCAAGUAACUAUUCCAGAAACUAAAAACAUUGAAUCUCCUAAUUAUAAAAAACCAAGAAGAAAAUCAGAAAAGGAACGAUAAUAUUAAAUUUUGAUGUACUUAAUUUGUAUAAAGUUUUAGGAAAUUAAGGUUGAAUCUCAAACAAGAAAGAGAAAAAUUAGAUAAAGAAUUAAACUCAUUCUUUAUUAGUCAACCUAUACAUACAAAUUGA